CGCAUAACAUUGCGCAACGUGUUCCAGACGCAGCCGAAAGGACAGAUUCAGCCACACAACAACUACAAAUAAUCGAUUAAUUGUCACUGGCCGGCAAACCCCGGCAAGAAGAAUAACGAAAAGGUUUAACUAGACGACCUCUCCUUUUAGUUUUGUCCAAAUGCCAGCAAUUUAAAGAUUGUUGUAGUUGCAUCACGGUCGUGUCGUCAUCGGCUGGAGAGAUUCGUACGAUCUUCAAGGACGAUUUUUGAUAGGGAGCUGAAGUCAAUCCUAGUACUCAUGGUGUUUUUUGAACCAGCAAAUGUUUAUGGUGUUUUGUUUAAAUAUUCGACUAGAGCGUACUCAAGGACUCGAGGACUACUGUAUGAUCGGUAGAGAGAGAAAGAGAGAGAGAAAAGGCAACACAACCUAGCAACCGAGUGUCACGUGUGUGUGUGUGUGUGCCCGCGCGUGUGAAAUACCGGUACAGUAGUGCGAGUGUGUGAGUGUGUGCGCGUGUGUGUGUAUGCAACAAGAAGAUAGCAACGUGUGUGGUGCGUGUACCGACGAUCAGCAGCAUCAUCUCCUUGGUUACGGCACAUCAAGAACUACUAGAAUUUCCGGAAGUCUUGGUGUUUUCUUUUGGGUUCCGAACGUCGCGUGUGCGUAUAGAAGCUGUGGAGGAGGUGGCUGGUGGAGAUACAAUAAGUGAGUGUGAACAAACAAGCAAAGAAGGAAGCAAGGACGCGGACGGGUGGACGGAAAGGAAGGAAGACAUUUCGGGUCGGAACACGGAAGUGUAAACAGCAGGCGCACAACAAUCCGAGCCGAACGUUUGGCCGGGCAAAUCGAGCGAGCCGGUGGUUGGUAAGAACAAUAUGAUGCCGAAACGAUCACGUCUGGGUGACGUCCGCGGGCCAAUUUCGAACGGACCGAUGCAAUCGCGCCCGUUGGUCGCCCUGCUCGAUGGGCGCGACUGUUCAAUCGAGAUGCCCAUACUGAAGGAUGUGGCCACGGUUGCAUUCUGCGAUGCACAGAGCACAUCAGAAAUUCAUGAAAAAGUAUUAAACGAAGCGGUCGGCGCGCUGAUGUGGCACACAAUCAUUCUGACGAAGGAGGAUCUGGAAAAGUUCAAAGCCCUCCGGAUAAUCGUCCGGAUUGGGAGCGGGGUCGACAACAUUGACGUGAAGGCGGCCGGCGAGCUCGGCAUCGCCGUCUGCAAUGUGCCCGGGUACGGCGUCGAGGAGGUCGCCGACACGACCAUGUGCUUGAUACUGAACCUUUACCGGCGGACCUACUGGUUGGCGAACAUGGUGCGAGAAGGCAAGAAAUUUACCGGCCCGGAACAGGUGCGAGAUGCAGCGCAGGGAUGUGCCAGAAUACGGGGUGAUACACUCGGGUUGGUUGGACUGGGACGCAUCGGCAGUGCGGUCGCGCUGCGAGCAAAAGUAUUCGGCUUCAACGUGAGCUUCUACGAUCCGUACCUGCCGGACGGGAUCGAGAAAUCGCUCGGACUCAACCGCGUCUACACACUGCAGGAACUGCUGUUCCACUCCGACUGCGUCUCGCUGCACUGUACAUUAAAUGAACAUAAUCAUCACCUUAUCAAUGAGUUUACGAUUAAACAGAUGAGACCCGGUGCAUUCCUGGUAAAUACGGCACGCGGUGGCCUGGUGGAUGACGAGGCGCUAGCCGUCGCACUGAAGCAAGGACGAAUCCGGGCAGCAGCACUAGACGUUCAUGAGAAUGAGCCAUACAAUGUAUUUCAGGGUGCCCUGAAAGAUGCCCCCAACCUGCUCUGUACGCCACACGCUGCCUUCUACAGCGAAGCGGCCACGACGGAACUGCGCGAGAUGGCGGCGAGCGAAAUCCGGCGGGCAAUCAUUGGCAAUAUACCGGAGUGUCUCCGGAACUGCGUGAACAAGGAGUACUUCCUGCGCUCGUCGACGGGCGGUGGUGCCGGCGGAUACUCAGAAGCUGGUAUAAAUGGCGGCUAUUAUUCAGGUGGAUUACAGCAAGCCCAUAGUACAACACCGCUCGAGGCACCUCACAGUGCAGGAUCGCAUGCGCCACCCAGCGGCGGCGGUCCCCCGCCACCGUCCGUUGCCGUAAUACCGCCUGUUUCCGCUGUUACAGCGCCACCACCACAAGCCUCUUAGUGCCCCAGAUCCAAGUAAUCAUCAUUCGGUUAAGCCGGAACCAUCAGAAGUACAUUAGUUUUAUCGUAAUGAAAAUAAUAUUAUAUAUACAUAUAUGCUGCUACUACCUUUACGAUUGUAACAACACACCACACACACACAAGCAAAAGGAUGCAGAAAAAUAAUUUCACGUAAGCCUCUACACCACGUUGUACACAUACAUUCGCGUGCAGCUGACAAAAUGAACAGAGAACAGUUAGGCAGACACACAAGUAGAUAAAACCAGCACCAGCAAGUCCCAGACACUUUCCCAGGGAAAAAUAUAAAUGUAAAAGGGUAAAAAAAAGAAAACGAAGAACACACACGCGUGAAAACAACAAAACAAAACCAUUUGUAAUCAGCUGUAGAAAUGCGUAAAGAACUAUGAAGUAUAUGAUGAAUAAUUUUCUUAGAUCGACAAACUCUUAUGCAAAAAGCAAGAGAAACAAGAAAAUCGGGACGAACGAAUAGGAAAAGGAAGGCAAGAGCCGGCGAACUAAAUGAAAUGCAAUAAAAAAUAAACACAUAGACUACUGGUACAAAAGCAAGCUAAAAACAAAGUAAACGAAAAAAAAAAGAAGAAUCAGAAAAUACAUACAAACACAGAGCCAGCAAAUGUAAGGGAAAUAUAGUGAGGGAAAAAAUGCAACACAAAACGAAACAAGGAAGAAGGUAUAAACAAUUGGAGGUGUGUGUAUUAGUUGAUAAUACUACCGUUUAUUUGACAACACAAAACGUGAAUUGUAAUUCUAUAAAUAAAACGAGAAAAAAACACACAAAGUUGAGAUAUGAAAUGCAAAAGAAAAAGCGGAAAAAACGCGAAAUGCAACUAACAAAACAAACAACAACAAAAAAAAGAAGGGAAAAGCAAGCACUAGUUACGUAUAAGAAAGGAUUUUAUUUUUUAUUGUUUAAUGUGCUUUUUUGUCCUUGACAAAAAGAGAGAGAGAGAGAGAGAAAGAGAGAGAGAGAGAGAGAGAGAGAGAGAGAGAGAAAUGAAAUACAUUGUGUACGAAAAAUUAGAAUAAAUUAAGAGUAGAAAGAGAGGAUAAUGCUAUUAAACAUACUACUAACUAACCUACUACACAAACAAAAGCCCAACACACACACACACACAAACACAAUACACACACAAACAGAGACACACAGAUCCAUAAAUUGAAUAGUAAACAAGAAACACAAUAGAACACACAUUUACACGUGCAUAUAUAAAUACACAUACACACAAACACUCGGAGGUAGGUAAGGUAUGAAUUAUGGGGGUAACAAAACAAAACAAAAAACACACACAUACAACACGAGAAUUAAUGUGUAAUUGAUAAUAAUAAUUGAUAAUAAACUAUAAACGGAGGGUGAACACUUCCACUUGCUCUAUUACAUUAGGUGCAACAGAACACAAGAUAGGCGAGGAAGAAGAGGAACAAGGUGAAGAGGGCGGGCAAGCUGAGUGCAGGGGAAACGGAUAUGCAAUAGAUUUUCCUCUUUCGCAGUAGGCAGUGUGGGGGCCAGUGUUGCAAAAGGGUUGCAAAAAGAAGAAAAAAAUUAUGCUGUAAAAAUACUUCUUAUUCCCCUGUUUUUGUUUUAUUACUUUGGCUGUCAAAUCCGUUAUUUGGUGAGAGGUUUUGUGUGUGUCUUCUCAUCAUUGACGACAUUUGUUGUUGCACUAGCGCAAAAAAAAAAAACAAGCAACAAAGUUAGUGGGGAAUACCUAAAAGAAAAAAAAAACCUGGAAGAGUGUUUUGCAUUCUCAAACAUACACCACCACUACUACCAUACAUUCUUGUAAUAACGACAACCCCAACAGAACAUUUUUUUAAAUGUGAGCAGCAAAGUUUUUUUUUAAAGUAAGAAUAAGUUUGAAUGAUUGUAAAUGAGCGAUUGUUGAACGUGAGGGGAAUAUGUGUGUGUGGUAGUAAUAAACGCAAAAACACACACACAUUCAAGUGAGCAAGGUGUUAGGACGAUUGCGUCUACUUGAUUAAGACAAAUGAGAGUAACGACAACCGGGCAGGACCGCGUAGUAGCAACCAAGCAAGUCAGAGUAUACCUAGCAACAGGUAGCGCGAACGUUCCCAAUAUACGUACGUGCGUGCGUGUUUGUAUGUGAUCGUGCGUGUUUUGCAUAAGAAAGGAUGUAUCUGUCGGUCAUCUCCGCCCAUAGAGAGAGAGAGAGAUGGGCGUAACACUUAAAUGCCCCUCCCGGACCUUGCAUCUGUUUGCAAUAAUUAACAAAAAAAGGAUUACUUCUACGUUGCAAAUUAAAGGCAGAGAAGUAUGUGUUGUACAGGCGGCGCAACAGCUUAUUCUUUAGUAGUGCGCUCCUUUCCCCUUCUUUCUUUGGCCUUAGAACAAAAAGCAGACCUAUUUUGUAAAAUCACACACACACAUGCACGCACCCACGAUACGUAACGAAGAGUGAAGAAUGGAAGUGGGUGUGUCGUACGUAGUAGUAGUAGUAGCUGCGAGGGAGAAACAACAACAACCAACAACAACAAACUGUCAAAAUGUGCUUCUUCGUUUUAGUUUGUUUAAUUUUUUCGUCAACACACAUAACACCUCUCUCUCGGUUCAGGAAAUAUGCGAAAAGCAAGGGGGGCGGCGGCUUCAUUUGUCAAAAAAGAGAAAUUGAAAAACAAAACAAACAAACAAAAAAAACAAUAAAAGUAAUUCUUGACGGAACACGUGCUAUGUGUGGAAA